AUGAGGAGCAGUCGCACAGGCUCGACGGGCCGCCAACGCGGGGAUGUGAGCUCUGCUGGGCCCGCCUCCCCAGAGCACACCAGACCAACAGACCAACCUCCACGUCCUAGCUCCUCUGGCAGCAACCCCUCCGAUCCGCCAUUCUUGCCGCCCCUGAAUAUCCCGAAGCGAUCUCUGUAUAAUCUGAGCCCUCAAAUACCUAGUCCUAGCGGUUCUCGAUCGGCCUCGGCGGGUAUCGCCAGCGCGAAUAGCAGCAACGCCUCUCUUCCCAAUUUUUUGCGUUCCUCCACCUCGUUGAUGCCUCAAAAUGAGCCGAUUCAAAGAAGACCGUCUCCGUUGGCACUGACGAACGACCCGCAGAGGCAUCGCCGUCAACAUUCUCAAGGAUUUUUCGAACCUAGUCUCCCCACCGCGUCCAUGUCAGAACACACACCCGCGAACAUGGCGCCCAUGUCUGCCUCGAGGAUUGCAGCCCAAACCGCAAUGCAGCAUCAAGUGUCGUCCCAGCAAUUGCGCAAUCGAUCGUCAACCAUUCCGCCGCAUCAGGACGCGGGUGCAGUGACACAAAAGGGUUCUCCUGCCGGGGUAGCGCAAUAUCAGAGCGGGUCAUCUGGAGGACGCGCUUUUGCAGCCACCACUGCAGCAAACCUCGUGUUUCCUCGAGCUCAACAUGCCCCACCAGCCUCAACCCCGGCUCAGGAGAGCACCAGCGGAAAGCAAAAGGGAGAGAAGGAAAAGUCAAAGAUGAAGUCCUUCCUGAAGCCAAAACACAUUGGGAUUUCAAGAGAUAAAGACAGUGAUCGCCGUGAGAAACCAACCCCCUCGCCGAGCAAGCUAGGCCCAAGCGGGUUGUCACGCAUGGUGAACGCGUCCACAACCAGCUUGAAUGAUUCUCUUGUUUCCAGCAAUUCUUCCCUCUACACCUUCACAAACUCUUCUGUUGCCACUGUUGUCCCUACUGAGAAGCAAUCCACCAACGAGAAGGAAAAGGAAAAGGACAAAGAGAAGCAUCGACAUCACUUCCUGCCACGUCCAAAACUCAAGUUGAAGGAUAAAGACGAUCAUUUCCAUUUACCCCUCUCAUCUGCGAACAGCAACUCGAGACCCCUCGACCCUAGUGCUCCUCAAUCCCUAUACUCGUUUACCCCGUCCUCGCCCUCCUCAACGUCGUUCGGGAAGUCUGUCAGUGGUUUGGACCUUCGUCACGGUGGUAGAGCGUUACGUGAAAAAAGGAAAAUGGAGGAAAAAGCUUCAGCCUCACAUGACGCUGCCGGCAAUGACCAGCCUGAUUUCUCCGGCAGUUUGGGAACCGGUGUUGCUGCUUGGUCCACGUUUAUUGGAACCGGUGUUCCUGGAGCUUCGAUUCAGAGCAAAGAAGCAGCCAUGAGGGAAGCUCUAGGCAGUUUCGGCAUUGCAAAUAUGGCAUUUGAAGACGCGUGGGAUUUCCUUAAAGCCAAACUCCUUGUGCUUUUCGAAGGCGAAGAAGUUCGAAUCGCAAUUGAAGACCUCAACAAACUCGUUUCCGUCCACAUUUUACGCUCAUUCCAGAGACGUGUGCCCAACGUGCUCGUUGAAGAUUUACGUGACCUUUUGCAGACGGGAUUCGCGUCUCUCAACCAAACUCUCAGCUCUAUCCCAGAUGAAAACCUUAUGCAUCAUCUAGUGCAAGUUUGGACAUAUACCUACGGAAAUAUCGUCCCUUUUAUCCAAGCCGUUUUCUUCCCACUUGACCUCGAAUUCAAAGGGCGCGGCAAAAUUAUGGAACCUCAUGAAGCUAGAGAAUUCUGGGGCACUAUGCCUGGCGGCGGUUCAGCUGGAGAGAAAUUGAACGUUAACGACAUUAUCCUCAUUUCGUUUCGUGAUAACAUUAUUCUCAACCGAUACGAGACCUUAAAAACCAUCUUCUCUCGCCUAAGCUUGGAACGAGUUAACGCAAGCAUUGGUCUUCUAGGAACCUCUUCAAACAGCGGUGCUAGUCGGCCAGGGACGGCUCAAGCUCUUGAGGGAGGAAGCUUCAACUCGCAGUCAUCAACGGCCUUAAAUGCCACCGGCAGCCACUCGUCAGAAUCUCACCUAACCACGUCUCGUGCACGCGCCGAAUCCAACACCUCUUCCAACCCCGACCACCCUGUUUUCCAGUCCUCCAUCUUCUCAAGGCCUACGGACGCCUCUCACGUGGUCACAGAGACUGUUGGUCGGGUUCUUCAGUGCAUUUGCGUCAUCGCCGGCGUCCAUACGGACGACCAUGCCCAGCGACAAAUUGAAGACCUUAGAAAGGCCGUUACCCACAACUGGCUGGGCAGGGGACGUACCGGGCGAGAUCGCCGUGGAUUUGUGGGGACAAAGGUCCGACCUGCUGCAUCCAGCAGGCAGUACACCGAUGGACCAACUCGAAGGGGGUCUAUGGACGGAGGUGAAGAGCCAAUGAGGCCGACUAGCAAGGACUCCACCAGCCUUGAUGAAGAGGAUCCCCCGAGCGAAAGAAUGAAGAAUUUACGCAUGUAA